AUGCCGGAAUCAAAGGCGCGCCCGCCAUGGACAACAAAACGCGAAAGCCUGCGACUCGGCUUAUUCGCAGACAUCGCCGAGCUAGGCCUAAGCGACAUCGAUGCGCUCGACAUGCAGCUGGCGAAGCUCGGCGUCAAGAUGAGAGAAGGCGUGUGCCACAACGUUCUUGCUGCUAGAGAUCGUCUCAAGACGCUCUGGGAGAGUCGUCAACGCGGAGGUGUCAACAUAAAUCUCUGGAUAGUCGCCCGGGGCGUAGCAAGCAUGGGCCGGGAGGGGGAAAGCGAGAAAGAAAGCUUGGUCUGGUUGUGGCUCUGCAAUCACGGUAUCGGUGAUCUCUGCGCGGACAUGAUCACAGACGAAGGUUUUUUUGACGAACAUCCGAUCUAUCUCGUCGAGAUCCUCAAUCUGUACGCCUAUUACCUGGGUGGCAUUCUUGAUGAGGAUCGCCAGGAUGACUGGGGCCUUGAUCCAACUGUCCCCGAGACACUUGCUAUAGCACGACGCGUCUGUGACUGCCUAUGGGUUCACAGAUAUAUCUUCGUAGACAAGGACUUGGAUCAGUACUGCUCCGGCGCAGUCGUGAGGCUUCGUCAGAGCUUGAGGAAGAUUCUAUGUGCCCUUAUACAGGCUCCAGAAGACGAACCGGAGGUCAAGUUAACUGAGACACUGGCUCGACCGCUGGCGUUCUUUUGCUGGUAUCACUCCGCAGAAGUAGAGAAGUCCGGCAGCAUUGGCGCGCAAUCUGCAACGACCUUGCUGAUGGAGGGGCCUCUGCAACUCUUGACUUUGGCCCCAGGUGACGGCAGCGCUGAGACUGAGGAGGAGGCAGCACGGAGAUUCGCUGAUCUAGAUGCUUUCGUUGACCAUGACAUUAUAGCUGUGUACGGCACGGAGAACUACGUCAGGCGCCUGAAGAUCACCCUGCAACAACCAUGGGUGAUCGACACAGAGUUGGCUCUGUUCUUUCUCACAGCCGGCAAGACCCUCGGCCACCCGAAUAUCGUCCCUCAGCUUGCAUCAGUGGACAUGUACACUACCAUCAAAGAAGCUCUUGAUCGUCAACUGCUACACGGAGCAGACGAAGGUCAAUGGACCAUUUUGCGCCAGGUCCUCAGGAUAUACCGCGGGAUGACGAAUCAUGCCGCCUAUUCCGAGGGACCAGGUCCUCUCAUACGGCAAGGCAGAGUGAUUGAACUCAUUGGUCGGACUUGCAGGAUAUAUUCUCAGGUGGCCAGUGCAAGUGCUGGCCAGGAUCGCGACGAUGUCCUCUUAGGGAUCAUGAGCUCAUAUACUGAGAUCUCUCGAGCCGUCAACAGGAUGAGCGCGAAGAACCCGGUUCGCAAGGUGUUACGAUCGUCUUUGCGCGACGAAUGGUAUCCCACACUCGCGAUGUUGCAAGUUGAGAGCUCGCGUCCGCGCGUUCGCAAAGCCGCCUCGAAGGAGCAGCUAGUAGCUCUGAUUGCUGGCUGGAGAACACUGGGAGAGGCUAUUGAUCUAGAGGAGACUCAAGAGAAAGCGGAACAUGAGCGUAGGAUCAAAAGGCAGUCUCAGCAUGCAAGGGUUGUGAUGAAGCGCGAUACUGUUCGCGUACUUGCCAGCGAAGGGAUUGGAAAGACGGUGGUCAUAAACUGCGCUGUAGGCGUCUGA